UUAGUCGUUUACUGUACGGAAAUAUAGUAGCAAUUAAUACAAAAGAAAAACGGGGAAGAAAACAUCUUAUAUUUCUCUAUUGCAAGGUCAAGGAAUCUCAAGUUUCAUUGGAUUGUUUCACAAUUGUGUGUACCUUCUCUAAGACUUUAUGUGGUUGCUAAAAGAAAUAGUCACUCUCUUAAAGUAUAUAUUCUUCCAACUGGCUUAACCCCACACCAUGCUUUUUCCUCCUACUUAUAAGGAGCUUCUCCUUCUCUUAGCUAACCAAAUCAACUCCUUUUUUAUCAAGUCAUAGAUACAUCUUCCUUCUUAUUUUUUUCUCCCUCCCAAGAAGCAGAUCUUGUACUCUCGAUAUACAUACUUAUUUUAUAUGGCUUCCAACUCAAUGAGCUCUAGCGCUUCUUGGACACGUAAGGAGAACAAAUUAUUUGAAAGGGCGUUGGCUACAUAUGACCAGGACACUCCUGACCGUUGGCAUAACGUUGCAAGAGCCGUUGGCGGCAAAUCAGCUGAAGAAGUAAGGCGACACUACGAGCCUCCUCAUUAGGGAUGUCAAUGACAUUGAGUCAGGGCGUUAUCCACAUCCCAAUUACCGUUCAAAUGGAAACAACCACUGAAAGCAUUAAAGGAACUCCAAAAGGCUCUACUGAAGUGGACAUGGUUCCAAAACCAUUCACAAAGCACAUCUAAGCAAAGAUAUCUAAAUGUAUUUACUUGUUUUUGUGUUACGAAUAUGUAAGAAUUAUCUAAAUCAAUCAAUGUGGUUUCAUAUAGUAUAAAGUAUUAACAAUCGGACAAACUAUAGUUCUCCUUGAA